UCAAGGUUUCGUAAGGGUGAGAUGGCCCGUACAAAGCAGACGGCUCGCAAGUCGACUGGCGGGAAGGCGCCUCGCAAGCAGCUGGCGACCAAAGCCGCCCGGAAGAGCGCGCCGGCCACGGGCGGAGUGAAGAAGCCCCACCGCUACCGGCCGGGCACCGUGGCGCUGCGCGAGAUCCGCCGCUACCAGAAGUCGACGGAGCUGCUGAUCCGCAAGCUGCCUUUCCAGCGCCUGGUGCGCGAGAUCGCGCAGGACUUCAAGACGGACCUGCGCUUCCAGAGCUCGGCCGUGAUGGCUCUGCAGGAGGCGAGCGAGGCUUACCUGGUGGGCCUCUUCGAGGACACCAACCUGUGCGCCAUCCACGCCAAGCGCGUCACCAUCAUGCCCAAGGACAUCCAGCUCGCCAGGCGCAUCCGCGGAGAGAGGGUGAAGGCCUGGUCCUUGCUGAGCCUGAAGGAGCCCAAGGUGCCUGUGCUGUUGCUCUGCACCAGCAUCCCCUGGCUCAUCAGGUUCUUGCUGUUCUUGUCCACAUCGCAGCUGCCUGCCACCAGCACCUUCUGGAGGGCAACCAGGAACACCCUGUGGCACUCCUUGCAGGUCGAAGCCACCUGGGCCAGCAGCUCCAUCAUGCUGGGGCUGGAGGGCUUAGAGCUCUCCGGGCAGCAGGAGUCGGACGGCGGUCUGGAUCUCCCGGGAGGUGAUGGUGGAGCGCUUGUUGUAGUGCGCCAGGCGGGAAGCCUCGGCCGCGAUGCGCUCGAAGAUGUCGUUGACGAAGGAGUUCAUGAUGCUCAUGGCCUUGGAGGAGAUGCCCGUGUCCGGGUGGACCUGCUUGAGCACCUUGUAGACUUCCCCGUGGGUCGUGUGCACCGUCUUCUGCGCAAAGGGAACUACGCAGAGCGCGUCGGAGCCGGAGCGCCCGUCUACUUGGCUGCUGUGCUGGAGUACCUGACUGCUGAGAUCCUGGAGUUGGCCGGCAACGCUGCCCGGGACAACAAGAAGACCAGGAUCAUCCCUCGCCACUUGCAGCUCGCCAUCCGCAACGACGAGGAGCUGAACAAGCUCCUGGGCAAAGUCACCAUUGCUCAAGGAGGCGUUCUCCCCAACAUCCAGGCUCCAAUCAGCGGGCAGCCAGCUGCCUAUAAAUAUCCGGCCAUGGAACUUUCGCUUUACUUUAUCUGUUGUUUCGUUUGUGGGGACUUGCGGCGUUUUGGGUUGUUUUUUAUUCUUCUUUUGGGAGCAAUGGCCCGCACGAAGCAGACGGCUCGCAAGUCGACUGGCGGGAAGGCGCCUCGCAAGCAGCUGGCGACCAAAGCCGCCCGGAAGAGCGCGCCGGCCACGGGCGGAGUGAAGAAGCCUCACCGCUACCGGCCGGGCACCGUGGCGCUGCGCGAGAUCCGCCGCUACCAGAAGUCGACGGAGCUGCUGAUCCGCAAGCUGCCUUUCCAGCGCCUGGUGCGCGAGAUCGCGCAGGACUUCAAGACGGACCUGCGCUUCCAGAGCUCGGCCGUGAUGGCUCUGCAGGAGGCGAGCGAGGCUUACCUGGUGGGCCUCUUCGAGGACACCAACCUGUGCGCCAUCCACGCCAAGCGCGUCACCAUCAUGCCCAAGGACAUCCAGCUCGCCAGGCGCAUCCGCGGAGAGAGGGCCUGAGAAGCGCCCGCCUGCGUCCCCAGAACACGAAUCCUGUUUCACCACAAAGGCUCUUUUAAGAGCCACCACAUGGUCUUGGAAAAGAGCUCGCACGAUGCUAAAUUACCUUUUGCAGCUUUCCGGCACGUCGUAGGUUAGUAAGGGCA